AUGUCACUGGGGAACAAUAAAUCCCAUGGCAUGGAUUCCACCAUGCGCAUGUGCAAUGAGUCCUGCAAGCAAACACAAUGUGAAGUGGGGGACCAGGCAAUUGGCUGGAUAGAAGACAAGGAGAAGCGGAAAAUUAUUGAUCAUUGCUAUUCUGAUGGAGUUGAAUAUGCACUGAAGGAUUGUUGGGUGGAUGAGGCAAAGAAAGAUCAUGAAGAAAAGGUUCUUGAGAUGGUCUGGGGCAUUCCUAAUGUAGUUACUCUCAUUGCCCCUUGGGAUGUCGAGUACAAGGGAGAGCCUAACUCUACAUUGCGCAUCCGUAACCGCCAUGGGAAAUUUAGUCUUGGAUUUUGCUUGCUGAAGGCAAUGACUGAGAAGAAAGUCCUCCAUGGAGACCUUAGUCCCAACAACUUGAUCAUCUAUGAAGGAUGUGGCUUCUUCAUUGAUUUUGACCAUGCCCAGAUCAUCAUGCAAUGCAACACUAGUGUUCAUGCAUGGGGUACCGGCACCUUGCUGUACAUGUAUAUCCACCUUCUCCGUUAUCUCCAUUCAGCAUCUAAACUGACAGAUAAGGAUCUUGUCAUGACAGGACAGACUGCCAGCAAUGAUCUCAAGUCUCUUUUCUACAUUUUUGUUGAAUUUGUGACUACAUAUGAUGGGCUGCAUGGUAAGAUAAUAUACCUGAAGACAGAACAGUGGGCUGAUCUAUUGGAGGACAUAGGCUCCAAGGCUGUUUUGUACAAGUUGGGGCUAUUACUUGUAAAGCGCAACAAGGAGUUGAUGAACUGUACAACAGCUUACUUUGGCAAACUCAAGUAUCUCGUUCAGGAGUGGCGCCUCAAAUUUCUUCAGGCAGUUGAAGAAAGUGGUGAGAGUGGCAUUCAUCACGAGGAUAUCGAAGAGGUCCUCAUGAAAUGGAUAUAUCAUGAGGCUCCUGAUGAGCCCCUUCCAGUUACUCAAGCCUUGUCAUUGAGUCCAGUCAGCAUCUUACCCCUCCCAGUUCCUCGUCGUUCAAAUAGGAAGACUGUCUUGGUGAAGAGACCGUAA